AUGGAGAAGGGCAACCUAGGCGAGUGGAAGGUCAAGGAGGGCGAUACGUUCAAUGCGGGUGAUGUUCUGCUCGAGGUCGAGACUGACAAGGCUUUGAUGGAUGUCGAGGCAGCGAAUGAGGGUGUGAUGGCGAAGAUUCUUGUGCCGUCGGGCUCUAAAGAUGUGGCAGUGAAUGAUGUGAUUGCCUAUGUGGCGGAGGAGGGCGAUGAUCUCUCAGACUUGCCCGACCCGUCUGAAGCCCGCUCGAACAACGAGAAAUCGAAGGAGGAGGCGCCCAAGGAGGCGCCCAAGAAGAGCGACGCCACUGCCGCACCGUCAGAAUCGAAAGGACCCGUGCACUUUACCAAACCAGUUUUCCCUUCCGUGCAGCGGCUAUCGCACCAAUAUGGCAUUUCCGAGCCAGAGAAGGAUAUCAAGGGCACUGGUCCCCAUGGCAUGUUGACCAAAGGUGAUGUGCUAGCCUACUUGGGAAAGAUCAAGGGCGCGUAUGGCACGGCCAAGCCGUCUCACACGAGCAUCUCCAAGCUGGGCGGAGAGCCAGCGAAAGAAGGUCGCUCUACAAAGGCUGACUCGGCGCCGUCCAAGGUACGUCUAUCUUCUCUGAUGCAGCCGCUUGAUGGCCACGAAGUGCAAACGAUGAUCCUCCAGGGUCUCGUUUCCAUGCGUGCACCGCGCCCGAAACCCGCACCGGCAGCUACUGUGGACGAUGUCUUGAAUGCCUACAAGACCGACGCACCCCCUCGCGCUGGCCCUGCCCCAGCUCCGAAAGCACCCAGCAUAGACGCAGUACUUGCCGACCUACUGAGGAAAUAG